AUGUGGCCUCUCCUUGCUUUCGUCUUGCUGGUGUCUGCAGCUCAGAAUGAUGAUGAGGUGCUGGAAGGCGAGGAGUGUGUGCCCCACUCGCAGCCGUGGCAGGCGGCCCUCUUCGAACGUGGCCGAUUCAACUGUGGCGCUUUCCUCAUCUCCCCGCGCUGGGUGCUGACUGCGGCCCACUGCCAAACCCGCUUCAUGAGGGUGCGCCUGGGCGAGCACAAUCUCCGCAAGCACGACGGCCCAGAACAGCUGCGGUCUGUCUCUCGCGUCAUCCCGCACCCACGCUACGAGGCUCGGACCCAUCUGCACGACAUCAUGUUGCUGCGACUUCUCCAGCCAGCCCGGCUGUCACCGCAGGUGCGCCCCGUGGCUCUGCCCACGCGCUGCCCGCUUACCGGCGAGAACUGCGUGGUGUCGGGCUGGGGCCUGUUAUCAGACAACAAGCCUGGAGCCCCGGGGAGUCGGAAGUCACAAGUGAGACUCCCGGACACGCUGCACUGUGCCAACAUCAGCAUUAUCUCCGAGGCGUCUUGCAACAAGGACUACCCAGGUCGCGUGUUGCCCACCAUGGUGUGUGCCGGCGUCGAGGGCGGUGGCACGGACUCUUGUGAGGGUGACUCUGGAGGACCCUUAGUCUGUGGGGACGCCCUGCAGGGCAUUGUAUCCUGGGGUGACGUCCCCUGUGACACUACCACCAAACCUGGCGUCUACACCAAAGUCUGCAGCUACGUGGAGUGGAUCCGGGAAAACAUGAGAAGGAACUGACGCCUACCACCUAAGUCCCUCACUGACCACCUGGAACCCUGACUGAGAAUUCCCAUAGCUGAGCCCCAUUCCUACCUGAGACAGAGCUGAGGCCUCUGCAUAUGGACAUACGCUGUUAGCCAGGGCCCUUCCCCCAUGAGGUCACCUUCUUAACGCCAAGAAAACAGUGUUGACAGGGUUGUGGUAGUACACACUGUCCCAGUAC